ACACUCUGCUACUGAAGACCACAGAAGAAGAAGCAGCUAGCCGGAGUUGCUGUUGCUUCAGCCGCUAAACUAACAUCUUCUUCUGGCUCUUUCAGCUUAACUCACCGGUAACCAGUUGUCUAAAGCUGACCAGAGGAGGAAUUAAGCUAAAACCAAGUCAGACAGACAAAAACCAACGUGCACUGACGUGUACGUGUUAAUUAGCAGCCUCGCCCACCGGCUAGCUAGCUGCUAGCCGCUAAACCCCAUUAGAAACCCACUGACCUGCUAACAGCUAGCUAAUUGCUAAGAGCUAAUCCAGCCAGGCUCACCUGGAGCUGAGCACCUGUAGCGGCUCACCUGGAGGGAUGCAACUAAGGUUCCUCUACUGGUAAACCGUGGUGAUGGCAGGGUCCCAGUGGGAGCUUCCUCCAGAGCUAUGCUGUCGGCCCAUGGCCUUCGUGGCUCUCACGGGCCUGGAUGUGGUCUACAACGCCGUGCAUCGGGCCAUUUGGGACGCCUUCUGUGCCAACCGCCGAGCCGACAGAGUCCCCAUCUCCUUCAAAGUGCUGCCAGGAGACCAUGAAUACCCCAAAUGUCGCACUAAGCGUACAUCUUAUGAGUGGUACAUCCCCAAAGGCAUCCUGAAGACCGGCUGGAUGAACAAACACCUGAACCUGGUACCAGCUCUGGUGGUUCUGUUCUACGAGCUGGACUGGGAUGACCCUCAGUGGAAGGAGAAACAGUCUGAAUGUGCAACUAAAGUAGAGAUAGUCAGGACCAGUCUUCAGGGCAGGAACACCAAAGUGGCCGUGGUUCUAAUCCAGAAGAAAACUCCUCUACCUCCAGGAGAAGACCUGGUAGCAUCUGAGAGAGCUUCAGCUCUUUGUAACGCCUGCGAUCUGUCUGGAAAGAGUCUCUUCGUUCUUCCACACACCGACCACCUGGUGGGCUACAUCAUCAGGUUGGAGAACGCCUUCUACGAGCACGCUCAGACGUACUAUUACACUGAGAUCCGUCGAGUCAAAUCACACAAGGAGUUCCUGAACAAGACGACUCAUCAGCUGCUGUUUGUCCGACAUCAGUUUAAAAUCGCUUUCUUCAGCGAGCUGAAGCAGGACACUCAGAACGCUCUGAAGUACUACAGAACCGCGUACAGCCUCGUGCACGAGCUCAGAGCGCACGAGACCAACAUGUUGGAGAUUAAAACCAUGGCUGGAUUCAUCAACUAUAAGAUCUGCCGACUGUGUUUUCAGCACAACACUCCUUUGGAUGCUAUCGCUCAGUUCAGGAAGCACAUCGACCUGUGUAAGAAGAAGAUCGGCAGCGCUGAGCUGGCCUUCGAACACGCCGCCUGGAUGUCCAAACAGUUCCAGUCCUUCGGGGAGCUCUUUGAUGAAGCCAUAAAGUUGGGUCUGACGGCCAUCCAGACCCAGAACCCGGGAUUCUACUACCAGCAGGCUGCAUGUUACAGCCAGGACAGGAAACAGCAGGCCCAGCAGCUCUGUCAGGGUGGACUCGGUUACCCAUCUCCUGACCCGCUGGACACCCAGACUGGAGGACUGGACUUCUAUGGACAGAGACCCUGGAGACAAGGACACCAGAGUAUCGAUCCUCCAGAUGCAGAGAAGGAGAAGACGGGGAUUCUGGCUCUGCAGAUUAAAGAACGAGAUGUUCCUCAUUCUGAGCUGAUUAUCGCUCUGCUCAGUAACGCUGUCGCCCAGUUUAAGAAGUACAAGUGUCCUCGAAUGAAGAGCCACCUGAUGGUGCAGAUGGGAGAAGAAUAUUACCACGCUAAAGACUACACGAAGGCUCUGAAGCUGCUGGACUACGUGAUGUGUGACUAUCGGACGGAGCGGUGGUGGGCUCUGCUGACCUCCAUCCUGACCACGGCUCUGCGCUGUGCUUACCUCAUGGCCAGUGUGAAGGACUACAUCCUCUACUGCAUGGAGCUGCUGGGCAGAGCUUCAACCUUGAAGGAGGAGCAGAAGUCAAAAAUUGAGAAGAAUCUCAUCAAAGUCCUGAUGAACGAGGUUCCUGAUGCAGAGCCGGACUGUGAUCCGUCUUCUGUCGGCGCCGCUCGGUCCCUGUGGACCGACCGCAUGGCUCUGGCCGGGUCCAAUGAGCUGACUGUAGAGGUGCAAGACUACAUCCCAUUCAUCCAGUGUAAAUCCAGGUUCCAGUCUCCCAGUUUCCAUGUGGACCAGCCCAUCCAACUGCAGGUUUUCCUCCGAGCCGACUGUCCUCAUCCUGUUAACUUCCACAAGCUGGCUGUCAGCCUCAGUAACCAGGAGUAUAACCAGUGGUGUGUGGUGGAGGCGGGUCAGGAGAACAUGACUCUCUCUCCUGGAAAAACCAAAUGCUACAACUUCAGCUUCGUGGCAAAAACCGAAGACGUCGGCAAGAAGAUCGAGAUGACGGGUGUGGAGGUGAUGCUGGGCAGUGACACUGGCCGCUGUGUGUUUCUGAGCUGGAGGGGCGCUGGAGGAGAUGCCGCUUCUACCCAUGAGGCUUUGCAGGCCAGCAGGUCGUCACGGCGAUGGGGGCGGGGCUUGGAGAGCCGUCAGGACGUGGACUGGGACGGCCUGAACCUGCAGCCCAGCACCAUGAUCAUCUCCAGAGUCCCAAAGGUCUCCGUCCAGCUGAGCCACCAGCCUCCGGCUCUGACCAACGAGAUGUUCUGCAUCAGCCUGACGGUCCAAUCACAGGAGGAGAACGUGGCGAAGGACGUCAAACUGACCGCCGGCCUCAAACCAGGGCAGGACGCUAACCUCGGUCAGUCGACCCACGUGACCCUGGAUGGGUCGAAGGUUUGUGAUGAAGGUUCUCCUGCUCUGCUGCCUGAUGUUCCUCUGGGAGAUCUGAAACCAGGAGAGAAGCUGGAGAAGUGCGUUUACAUCCGCUGUGUGUCGACCGGACCGAGGGUCUUCCUGUUCCACGUGGCCUACAGCAUCUCCACCACGGUGGAGGGACGCCACAUCGUCUGUAAAUGUCACAAGGAUGAGACGGUAACCAUAGAAACCGUCGUCCCGUUCGAGGUGUCAGUGAAGUUUGUCUCCACGAAGUUCGAGCCGUUGGACCGCGUCGCCGUGGAGAUUCCCUUCCUGCUGAUGACGGACGUCCUGUCAUCGUCUCCGUGGCCUCUGAUGCUCAGCUCCUCCUCUCUGCAGCUGCAGACCAUGACCAGCAACACGGCACAGCUGCAGUCCCAGCUGCAUGAAGUGGUUCUUCAGACCGGUGAAUGUGCCAGCGAGUGUUUCUGUCUGCGAUGUCCAGUUCAGACCAGCAACAGCAGCACUGUGGCUACAGGACAGUACCUGAUAUCCUGGAGGAGAAAGUCGUCUGGCGCUGACAGUCCUCUGGUCCAGACCACGGUGACUCUACCUCACGUCAUCCUGGAGUCCGUCCCCCUUUACAUCCACGCUGAUUUGCCAUCCUUUGGGCGAGUCAGAGAGUCUCUUCCGGUUCGGUACCACAUAGAGAACAGAACCGGUCUGGUCCAGGAGGUGGAGAUGGCUGUGGAACCGUCUGACGCCUUCAUGUUCUCUGGACUAAAGCAGGUUCGCCUCCGUAUCCUUCCUGGAUCAGAGCAGCAGAUGUUGUAUAAUUAUUACCCCCUGAUGGCCGGUUACCAGACGCUGCCCCAGCUGAACAUCAGCCUGCCGCGCUGCUCCGCCUCCAACACCAACGCUCUGAGACGCUUCCUGCCGCAGCGAAUCUUUGUCAAGCCUCAGGGUCGAGAGCUGGACGACGCCUCCAUCGCUGCAGCCUGAUCACAGAAUAAACCCUUUAGAUCUGCAUCUUCUCGUCGUUUGUAUCGUUGUUUUUUUAACCAGUUCCCAAUAAAAUGAUCUAAAUGUGGCUGAAGCGGCCGCUUGUAUCUGAAGCCUCCACUGUGAUCCCCACCGGACAAACGUGGAGAAAAGUUCUUCUCAUGUAAAAUAUUAGUCUGUGCUGCAGUUUGUUCUUCUAAACUUUCACACCAAGAUUUUCAUUUUUACGUCAUGUUUAUCUGUCAUCGACCUCCUUUAUUAGCAUCGAUCAGUACUGGUCCUAAAAUCAUCUUUAAUGUAAAUAUGAGAACAAAUGUUUCCACAGAAAUAUGAUUAACACUAUUAGUUUGUGGUUGUUCACAAUGUGAUGGACUGAUGUUGAUUGAACGGUGAAGCCAUGAAUGAAUCCAAUGGAAAAAAUGUGACGAAGGUUUGAUUAAACUGGAGUGAUGUGAA